AUGCAGCCCGGCAGCGGAACUAUGCAAUCGGCUAGAGUCAAGAGGCAGAAAGUGAAUGUCGCAUGCCAUCCGUGUCGCCUCCGGAAGACGAAGUGCGAUGGACGCGGACCUGUGUGCCAGCCCUGCCAGAAAAAGGGCGGAACUGGUCUAACAUGUACCUGGCAAACCAGUAUUGCGCGUACGCUUCAGCCUCCAUCAAUACAGCACGCCGAAAGAGUUGAUACUCGACCUCCGCUGCCACCUCCGGCCGCUCCGCUCGAGAGUGUUUGGCCACAAGGCACACCCGCACCUCGAGAGCCACAUACCUACCCGACAAAGCCUACUAUCUAUCCGUCCACUUUUUCUCACCAGUCUCACUCGCUAUCUGUAGCAAGUCCUCAGCCACGUGGCGCCGGCGAGGGUGAUUUUACAGGACUGCACGAGCGCCAAGAUUCUGCCGUGAUACUGCCGCAGGUAUCCCCUUCGGAACAGUCAGUUCAUGCUAUUAUCGGCGCCGCCUUGGAAGACGAUGGUGGGGCAGGUUUCUUUGGCAGUUCCAGCGCUGGAACCUUUAUGCAAAGUGUGAAGAAGAUGAUUCAGCAAAAAGUUAGCGGUGCGACACAACCGGACAUUCAAUCUUCGAACCAACACCCGCAAGGUCGAUAUUUGCCAGCUUCCGGCAAUACCAAUAUCACGCACAAACAGUUUGACUAUGUUCUACCUCCUCGACGCAGGGCAGAUACUUUGAUUUCUGUCUAUUGGAAGUAUGUUCAUGUCCUCUACCCUUAUUUGGACAAAAUCCAGGUCCAGGAGGAUUACGAAAAGCUGUGGAAAGGGGACGACGGAUCGAUAGAGGAUGAGCGGUCGUACAUGUGCUUACUUAACACCAUAUUUGCCCUGUCCAGUCAGCUUGACGAGUCAACACCGGUCGAGGAGCGAGAGCACUUUGCUCACACUUACUACACUAGAGCCAGAAACCUGCUGGAUAUUGUGGAGGGCGGAUCUGUACGCUCUGUGCAGUCUUUCUUGCUUCUGGGGCAAUACUUCCAGAGUACCAACGAACCCCAUCCAUGUUGGAUGUUUGUAGGACUUGGUAUACGCACAGCACAAAGCCUUGGGCUUCAUUUGCCCGAAACCAGCGAAGGUGCCGUUGAUAUCCGGACACGAGAGCUCUUACGGAGGGUGUGGCAUGGAUGUAUUCUUAUGGACAGGGUUGUUUGCAUGACUUAUGGUCGCCCUUGCAUGAUAGGUCCGAAAGCGGCUAUUACGGUACCUCUUCCCUUACCGAUCGAGGAGGACGAGCUCAUGUGUGGGGCUGCCCAAGAGCGUCCGGCGCAACUGCAGCGAUCUUGUGCAGCGGAGUUCUACGUCUACUCCCUCAAAUUGUACGCGAUUUUACACGAUGUGUUAUUUAACUUCUACUCGGUCAAUUUUCAACAAACUCGUCCACUGGAUGCUGACAAGUACUUCGGGUCCUUGAGCGAAGGGCAAUCCUCAGUCUUCGAGAUUGAGCACAGACUCUUCAAAUGGGAAAACAGCAUCUCGGACCACUUGAAAAUUGCUUCAAAACCUCAAGAUGAUGAGCUAGGAUCCCAACUGUAUCGCCAAGCUGUCAUCCUACAUCAAAGGCAACUGCAUGUUCGCUUGUUACUCCUGAGACCUGUUCUGUCGAGUUUUAUCACCACCGAGUUCUACAACGGAGAUCGAUCCGUUCCCUUGGCAAGUGAGCUAUCUCAUAGAACAUUUUUACAAUGUGCAAUUAUCUGCGUCAGCGUGGCGCUAAAAGCUAUCGACACAAUCUAUCAAGGAAGAGGCCACAAUGCUGGCGACAUCGGAAGUCUUGCAGCGUGGUGGUAUAAUGUCCUUUACUUAUACACGUCAGCAACGGUUCUCAUUGCCGCUCGCCUCAGCCCUGCGAUCAUGGUUGAUGUUUCCGAAGAGUCAAUUCUUGAUGGCUGGCGUAAGGCGAUGGAAGUUCUCGACUGGUACAGCCCGUUUGGGACAUCCAUAAAACGUCUGACGACGACUCUGCGCCUCCUAUUCGACGCUGUACCACAGCAAUAUUCUCGCUUUAAGGGCAACUCCCGAGGGUUCCUGCCAGAUACGUUAUCAGCUACCCGAAAUCUCGACCAAGGCUCGCCAUCCAUGCCAUCAUUGCGCCCACUAGAACCAACCAAUAUUGUCGCAAUGCCUGUGGCAGAGACUGCGGACGCUUUACCGCAAGAUGAUACUCGUACUUUUUCUAGCGAAUGUUUUCUCGAUUUUGACACGGUAUUUGACCCCAACGAUCUUUCUUGGCUUAUGACCAUUCCGCUCGACGGUUAA